UUAAUUCCCAGACCCUAAAAGUCCAAAAAAUUUCAUCUCCAAAAUAAAAAUAAAAAAUUGAAGCUUCUAGACACAGAGGAAAUUGAGAGUGAGAGAGUGAGCGAGACUUGGGAUCGAUGGAGGUCAUGGCGACAACCCGGUGCGGCGCUGCAUGAGUGAAAUCUGCGAGGUUCCCUAGCCCGCAAUGGAGGCUUCGCAAAGGAUCCAGGAUGGCGGCUUCCGCGGUGCAGCAGGAGCAUGGAUCGUGAGAGAAGAAGGCUGCAGCGGAGCUUCGAUCUUCUCACCCUCUAGUCACACAGAAGUUGGCAGCAGCAGAGCAUGGAUCGUCGGAGAAGAAGGCUCUGCAGGUGGUGAAUUUGGCGCUGGUCUUGGCCUAUCGAUGCUCUGUUCUGGUUGCAGCCUACGGGAAAACAGAUCCGGCUGGUUGAGUUGUUCAUGGUGGUGGGUUCUGUUUCGUAUGAAUGUGUAUGUGGUUCGGUGGCUCGUGGUGGUUGAAACCUCUGCAUUUCAGGUGGUGGUUUCUGGAGUAAAUGAAAUGAAGAUUUAUGGAAGAUGAGGAGCCUCCCUUUACUGGUGUUCAGGUUUGGGAGAGAUUGAGAAGAAGGAAUUGAUUAAUGGAGAGAGAGUUUUGUUUCUGUUUUUCAUUCCCAAAUUUCGAUUUUUAUUGCUAUUUUCAGAUCUGGGUUUUCAAAUUUUUUGAAUUUUGGUUGAAGUUGAGGAUGAAGAAUGAUGGAUUAGGUUGCAGAUGAAGAUGGUGAAGAUAAGAUGAAGAGAAGGGAUUAAGAAUUAAUAUUUUGUUAUUUUUUAUUUUUUAAUCCUAAUAUCAGUCUCUCUCCUAAUGUCAUGCCAACUCAUUAAAAAAAAGUCCACAUCAGCCAAAAAACGUUAGUUUUUGGACGAAAAUUGGCAGGGACCAAAAUUGUUGACGGAGCCUAACAUCGGGUUACCAGAAUGCUAUUUUUAAACUUGGGGAACUUCGUUUGUACAUUUGUGAAAUCUGGGGGACCAAAGGUGCUAAUAAGCCAU